UCCCCGACAUAUUUGUCUGUGAUCUGCACUGCAGAGCCCAGUGUUCAUCUCUGAAAACGAUUACUGAUGAAAGUGAGAGAAAUGGUUUCUGAGAGCUCUUCCCUUUCUUCUUCCAAUCGUUCAACCACUCCUAAAUUCUGCAACACUUUCAAUAACAGGAUCUUUUCUGAUGUCGCUGGGGACAUUACAAUUGUUGUUGAUGGAGAGUCCUUCUUAUUACACAAGUUUCCCCUGGUAUCGCGAAGUGGAAAAAUCCGAAGAAUGGUGGCAGAUGCCAGGGGUUCCAACCUCUCCAAGUUGGAGCUCUUCAACUUACCUGGUGGGCCACAGGCAUUUGAACUUGCAGCAACAUUCUGUUAUGGCGCAAACUUUGAGAUUACUUCCAUGAAUGUUGCCCAGCUUUGCUGUGCCGCAGAAUACCUGGAAAUGACUGAAGAGUAUCGUGAAGAAAAUCUCAUUUCUCGAACAGAGACUUAUUUGAAUGAAGUUGUGUUUCAAAGUCUUGAAAAAUCAGUGGAAGUUCUAUCCACUUGUGAGCUGCUGCUCCCUAUUGCAGAGGAGAUUGGGCUCCUUAACAGAUGUGUGGAUGCAAUUGCAAUGAAUACUUGCAAGGAACAGCUGGUAUCUGGUUUAUCUCGCAUAGACUGUGAUGGCGGAUCUGGAAAACUAAAAAUGGACUGUGCUGAGUGGUGGAUUGAAGAUCUCACAAUAUUAAGAGUUGAUCUUUAUCAAAGAGUGAUAUCUGCCAUGAGAAGAACAGGUGUUCGACUGGAUAGCAUUGUCAAAUCCCUAAUGCAUUAUGCUGAGACAUUGCUAAAAGGUAUUGGAAAACGGCAAAUAUGGGAUCCAGCAAGGAUGAAACUAAAUUCUGAUACAGCAGAAAAUGAAGAUAAGGUAAUUGUGGAAACUAUUGUGAGCCUACUUCCAACAGAGAAAAACAUCUCUGUCCCACUGAGUUUUUUGUUUGGGAUGCUCAGGAUGGCAAUCGCGAUGGAUGCCACCCUUGCCUGCAGACUUCAGCUUGAAAGGAGGAUCAGUUUCCAGCUGGAAAUGGCUUCACUAGAUGACCUCCUUAUCCCUUCUGUACAAACUGGGGAUUCGCUCUUUGAUGUCAACACUGUCCACCGGAUACUGGUAAAUUUUGUGCAGCAGAUUGAAGAGGAAGAACCUGAAGAAUCAUCACAGUUUGGUUAUGAAUCUGAAUGUCCUGGUUCUCCAGAUCAUGGUUCUGUGUUGAAAGUUGGACGGCUUGUCGAAGAAUAUCUUUCAGAAAUUGCACCUGAUCCAUAUCUUAAUCUGCAGAAAUUCAUUGCUAUGAUAGAGAUUUUACCUGAUUAUGCACGUGUCAUCGAUGAUGGACUGUAUAGAGCAGUUGAUAUAUAUUUGAAGGCUCAUCCAACACUGGAUGAAAAUGAAUGUAAGAAGCUGUGCAAGUUGAUAGACUGCCAAAAGCUCUCUCAAGAAGCCUGCAACCAUGCCGCACAGAAUGACCGCCUUCCAGUCCAGACGGUUGUGCGAGUCCUCUACUUGGAACAGCUACGCCUGAAAAAUGCACUCUCAGGAAGCUAUGGAGAUGGGCUCCUCCAGUCUCAGAGGAUCAGCAGUGGCAUUCCUAGUGCAGCUAUGUCACCACGGGAUAACUAUGCAUCAUUGAGGAGGGAAAAUCGAGAUCUUAAGUUGGAGAUAUCAAGAAUGCGGGUGAGAUUGAGUGAGUUGGAAAAGGAGCAGGUGUUCAUGAAGCAAGGAAUGAUAGAAAAGUCAGGUCAUGGCAAAACAUUCUUUACUUCACUUUCCAGAGGGAUUGGACGAAUUGGGAUCUUCAGUGGUCCAGCUACUGGGAACAUAGUCAACCGACAAAAAUCUGGGAGAAAGUCGCAGGGAUCAGAAGGGAAGAAGGGAAGGAGGAGGAAUCAUGCUGUCUCAUAGUA